CUGUAUAAACUUUUUACUACUAAAACGAUCGGACAAUCAACUAUUUUACUGAUUCAAAGAGUAAUAUCACUUAUUAUUUUCAAUGUUACUUAUAGUGUAGGAUAUUUUCGUUUCGUAACAAUUCAAUUACUUAUUGUUCGUUUUAAACUUGAUCACGAGAAAAUUUCCGAUCCUGAUGAAAUGGACAUUUUAAAAAAGUAUACCAACCAAAGCAAAUUUUUUGUGUAUGCUUUAAUGUGUAGGUUUUUCUUUGAUAUUAACUGCUUCUUAAUCGUUUAUCCACCAGUUUUAAAUGCUUUUUUAUAUUCCAUUGGUAUAUUGGAGGUUAAUCAAUUAACAUUACCAUUAACCGAAAAUAAUAUUGAUCACGUUGGGAUGAUGUAUUUUUGCAUGCUUAUUGGUCAAUCAGUAACAGUUUUAAUGACAAUAGUAGUUGGUAGUAUUACUCUUUCAAUGUUUUUGGUUUUCAUUCAGCACGCCUGCUGUCAGUGUAGCAUUAUUAUAUUAAAAAUUCGUCAACCAUUUCAAAGUAAUCAGAUAUCAGAAAAAAAACCAAAAUUUUUUAGUACACUUACGGAGGAAUACAAUUGGAUAGUCGAUAUUGUAAAUCGUCAUAGAAUAUCUAUUGAGUUUAUUAAGAUGCUGCGAAAUAUUUCAAACGCUACUUAUUUAAUUGUAAUGCUUCUCGCAACGAUUGUCAUCGUGGUUAACUUUUUAUGUAUUCUCAAAUUCUCGAUAUUUUCAAAAACUUUAAAAGAUAAACUAGAAUGCAUUAUUUAUGUUACUGGUUCAAUAUUUACGGUUUAUAUAACUUUUUAUCUUGGACAAACUUUGUUGAAUCAUAGCAACGCAGUUUUUGAAGAGUUAUGUAACGUGCCGUUUUAUACGCUAUCUGUAAAUUCACAAAAAUUGUUAUUACUUAUGAUAGCAAGAAGUCGAAAGCCGAGUUUUCUAUCAAUUGGAAACAUGUUUGUCUCAUCUCACGAAGUUUUUGCUAGUCUGUUGCGAAAAGCACUUUCAUUUGCAAUGGUCUUCUACAGUGUACAAUAA